AAAGAGAUGAGAAUGAUCAAUUGGCAAAUCUAAGAGGGAAAAAAAAAAAAAAGAAAAGAAAGAAAAGAAAAUGGAUGAGAAGAAGCUUAAUGUAGUGAGUUUGGUUUUAAUUCAUAUGGUAAUAGUAUUAUUGUCAAGGGUAGUAGUGGGCUUUCCCUUAGAAGAUGAAAUCAGUAGCUUGCCAAGCCAACCAAGUGAUACUAAUGCCAAUUUCAAGCAAUUUGGUGGGUAUGUUACCAUUGAUGAGAAACAGGGGAGGGCUCUGUUUUAUUACUUUGUUGAAGCACAAACCCAGCCUGCUUCUAAGCCUCUUGUCUUGUGGCUAAAUGGAGGUCCUGGGUGUUCUUCUAUUGGAGCUGGAGCUUUCAUAGAACAUGGACCCUUUAAAAUUAAUGGAGAAAUUCUGGUGAAGAAUGACUACAGUUGGAACAUAGAAGCAAACAUGUUAUACGUGGAGUCACCAGCAGGUGUUGGAUUCUCGUAUUCUGCUAAUAAAUCAUUCUACUCCAAAAUUAACGAUGAAAUUACAGCACGAGACAAUCUGCUAUUUCUUCAGCAUUGGUUCGACAAAUUUCCAGAGUACAAGAACAGAGAUUUUUACAUUACAGGAGAGAGUUAUGGAGGGCACUAUGUUCCACAACUGGCUCACCUCAUUCUUAAGUCCAAAGCGAAUAUCAACCUAAAAGGAAUAGCAAUAGGAAAUCCUCUUCUAGAAAUGGUGAAUGACUUCAACGCAAGAGAUGGAUAUCUGUGGUCACACGGCGUCGUAUCAGACUCUGCUUAUAAGCUGCUGAGUUCAAUGUGCAACACUUCGCGGUUUUUUCAAGAGGCAUUGCAAGGCUUUAUUUCUCCAGAUUGUACCUUCGUUCUUUCCGAGGUUGCCGAACAAUUAUCUAACUUCAUAGAUGAUUACAAUGUUAUCGGUGACGUUUGUUCCCUCACCGCCAAAUCACAGCCUGCUAUUCUCCUUCAUCCACUCUCCUCUUUCUUCUACUCCACUAUCAAAUCCGCUUCUCUACGACACCUUCUAAGUCACCAUCAGGAAAAAAAUGGCAUUGAUAGAGAUAUUUGUUCACAAGAAAAUGUAGCAAAAUAUUUAAACAGAAAGGAUGUGCAGAAAGCUCUCCACGCCAAACUCGUCGGAGUUAAUCAAUGGACUCUGUGCGUCAACAAUACAUAUUGGCAUUAUGAUAUGAAGAAUGUGCUUAUACCAACGAUUGGUGUCGUAGGCUCACUCGUCAAGUCUCAAAUUCGGGUCUUGGUUUACAGUGGCGAUCAAGAUUCAGUCAUCCCAUUUACUGGAACUAGAACAUUGGUAAAUUCGUUAGCAAAGUCAUUGGAUCUAAAUACAACUAUGCCUUAUAAAGUUUGGCUUGUGGAUAAUCAGGUUGGUGGAUGGAGUGAAGUGUAUGGCAAGUUUCUAUCAUUUGCAAGCAUAAGAGGUGCUUCUCACUUGGCUCCAGAAACUCAACCCAAGAGAUCUUUGGUGCUUUUCAAAGCAUUUUUAGAUGGAAUUCCACUUCAACAAAUUUAACCCUUUUUUUCCUUUUCUUUUCUAUUUCUGGGAUAAUAUUCAUACAAAAUAUAUCAUCUUAAUUAAAUAAAUAAAAUUACAUCAGGGAAGCCAACAACAUAGACUUGGUUACACUUUAUGGAUCCAAAAUUUUAUGUUUGGAAGUUAUAAAAUUGGAUACUUUUGAUACA